AUGCACUCGCGACGCGCGCGCUCGCACGCCGGCCCGCGCGCGACUGUCCACCGUCGACGCGACCCCUGGCGGCGCUCGACGCCUAGUGGCCGCGGCGGCCGCUCGCUGGGCGCCGCUCGAUGCCGCCCGAUCGAUCCGCGCCUGCGCCCCGCUACCUACGGCUCGUGCCCAACAUUACACCCCCUCACGAUACACGCACCGAGGAGUCCCACUGUCCCAGCCCGCUGGCUCAUCAAUUUUCGCGGACCCCAGUCACGGCGUCAGCAACACUCCCUAUUCCCUUCGGAGCGCACCGUUGUCAUGACACCAACGUCCGAGCGGGCAUCCACUCAAAGUCCACCGAUGCGAUGUUUGAAACCGACGCUGGACUACGACCGCUCUUGUUAUUGCGGUGUUUUUUUUUUCUCGCUCUCCGAUUCGUUCGACGCAACGCAACGCGAACGACUGAGGUUA